CACCGGCACCCUUCGCAGACUUGGGGUUCUCAAAUCGUGUGCAAGACUCAGUUAGUAGACUCUAGCUUUGGAGCCCAUCGCCACUGCUAUGGAUAACGAAGUCUCUGAACAAGACACUCAGUCAACUGACGCUGCAACUGAGCUAAGGGACUUCAUCGCGAAAUUGAUGCAACGAUCUGACCUCGAAUCUGUCGCUUCUGAGAUCGACGUUCUUCAGUCCAUAUAUGGAGACCAUGCCAUUGGUCUAUACCAUUCUUCGCCCGGAAGCCCAAAAAAUAAUCCCAGUCCCUCAUCUAGUGCUUCAGAGGCCAUUCGUUAUAAGGUUUCACUCAAUCUUCCAUCUCAUGAAGAUAUCUUAAUACGUAUCUUGGUCUCAAUUCCCCCAGCAUAUCCUGCCUCAAGCCCCCCUCAACUGCAGCUGCUUUCUCGAUAUAUCGGCGCUUUUGGCGUCGACUCCUCGCUUUUCGGAUCUAUAUUGCGUACGUUCAUAUCUGUCUCAGGAGUGGAAUGGACGCCGGAAAGUGUGUGUGUUUUUGACGGACUACAAAAUGUGCUGGAGCGAUGCGAAGUGUGGUAUGAAGACAAAAUAAGCAGAGAGACGGCUGGAGAACUACUCAGGGAGGAUGCACUUACCCGCAACCACGUCGUGGUCGAAUCUGAAGAGCCUCUUGCACUAUCAUCAGUGACUGUUGACCAAAAUAAUCAAGUAUCUUUCGACGCUGCUUUACCGGAAGAUAUCAAAAUCGUCGAAGCUGAACCCAUCGUGGAUAGAAAGAGCGUCUUUAUUGGCCGUGCAUGUCGAAUAUCUCAUCCAUCGCAGGUACCACUCAUUUUGAACAAUAUAAUGUCAGACCGACAUGUAUCCCGCGCUGCUCACCCCAUCAUCAACGCUUGGCGUUGCCAGGUUGGUAGCGUGCUCCACCAAGAUAACGAUGACGAUGGGGAAACUGCAGCAGGUAGUCGACUAGCCCACUUACUCUCCAUCUUGGAGAUCAAUAACGUUCUCGUUGUUGUGACGCGGUGGUUUGGUGGAAUCCACCUAGGUCCUGAUCGUUUCAAGCACAUUAAUCAUGCUGCCCGCAAUGCACUAGAACUCGGCGGCUUCUUAGAGCAAACGGAUGAAUCAAAAGGUGGUGGACGAAACGCAGGGAAGGGGCGAAAACGAUAACACGAUUUCAAUCAUUCUAAAUACCGCUGUGCUUGGCACACUUACCGCAUUUUUACAACGAAUGACUUCUAGACAUAUUAUCACACACGAAUAAUGUCAUCUUGGGUAGUGACAUUCGGCCAGCUGGUACAGAUAAUGUUUUCGGCGCUGCCCAAUGCAAAAGCGGUUGCAGCAUUUCGAUAAGGGCCGAAUGCGUUUGAUUCUGAACAAAUUCACUGCCACUCGAGCAAUGGAGAUCUUGGAAUAGAGGAAAUCGCUGUCAUCCCGAGUUGUACCUUACAAUGUACAUUCGGUAACAGGCUU